AUGGCUCAGGAUGGGGGACAGGCAGAGCCAGGGAAGGAGAAGGCAGAACCAGUGGGAAUGACAGCCCUGACUGCUCCAGAGCCCCAAGAUGGAGGGAAGGAGAAAGCUCCAGCUGCAGGAGACCCCAAAGGAGGGAAGGUUGAGCCUGUGGAUGUGCAAGAUCUAGCUGCUACUGAGGCUGAGGGUGGAAGGAAGGAAGAGUCCAUGGAGGAGAAGGCUCCGGCUGUGGGAAAACCCGAAGGAGAGAAGGCAAAAUCCAUGGUGGACGGGAAGGGCCCAGCUGCUGCCAAGGCCCAGGGUGGAGGGAAGGAUGAGCCCGCAAAGGGGAAAACCCCUGGUGGGUCCAAGAUGAAGAGUGGUGGGAAAGCAGAGCCCAUGGAGGAGAAAGCUCCAGCUGCAGAAGAGGCUGAAGGACAGAAGGCAAAACCCACCAAGGGGACAGCCUUGGCUGUAGCACAGGCUCAGGAUGGAGGCAAAGAAGAGUCUGCAAAGGAGAAACUCACAGUAGCUGCCAAGGAGAAGGGUCCAGCAGCUGCAAAGGCUCAGGAUGGAGAGAAGAAAGCUGCAAAGGCAGAGAAAACCUCAGCUGAUACAAAACCUGUAAAGGAGAAGGCUCCAGCUCCAGUAAAGGCUCAGGAUGGAGAUAAUAAAGUGGCAACGGCAGAAAAAGCCCCAGAUGCAAAAAAGCCUAAAGAUAGAGGCAAAGUGGAGCCUGCAAAGGAGAAACCUGCAGCUCCCCCAAAGGAGAAACCUGCAGCUCCCCCAAAGGAGAAACCUGCAGCUCCCCCAAAGGAGAAACCUGCAGCUCCCCCAAAGGAGAAACCUGCAGCUCCCCCAAAGGAGAAACGGCAGAAAAAGCCCCAGAUGCAAAAAAGCCUAAAGAUAGAGGAGAAGGCCCCGGCAGCUGCAAAGGCUCAGGAUGGAGGGAAGGCAGCGGCAAAGGCAGAGAAAACCCCAGCUGCAAAGAAACCUCAAGAUGGAAAUGAUGUCCCUCCACCUCCGGCACCCUUCGCACACCGCGUUGUCACCCUGCGCUCAGACAGUGUCAGCUCCCAGUUCAACCUCAGCUCCAAGGAGAUCCUGGGGGGGGGGAAGUUUGGUGAAGUUCACACGUGCACAGAGAAGCAGACGGGGCUCAAGCUGGCGGCCAAAGUCAUCCGGAAACAGGGUGCCAAGGACAAGGAGAUGGUGCUGCUGGAGAUCGAUGUGAUGAACCAGCUGAACCACCGCAACCUCAUCCAGCUCUACGAUGCCAUUGAGACGCCGCGGGAGAUCAUCCUGUUCAUGGAGUUCGUGGAGGGCGGCGAGCUCUUCGAGAGGAUCAUUGAUGACGACUACCAGCUGACAGAGGUGGAUUGCAUGGUGUUUGUCCGGCAGAUCUGCGAGGGCAUCCGCUUCAUGCACCACAUGUGUGUCCUCCACCUCGACCUCAAGCCCGAGAACAUCCUCUGUGCUGCUGCCACUGGACACAUGGUGAAGAUCAUCGACUUUGGGCUGGCUCGAAGGUACAACCCCCAGGAGAAGCUGAAGGUGAACUUUGGCACCCCUGAGUUCCUCUCCCCGGAGGUGGUCAACUACGAGCAGGUCUCCUACUCCACGGACAUGUGGAGCAUGGGAGUCAUCACCUACAUGCUGCUCAGCGGCCUCUCCCCCUUCUUGGGUGACAACGACACUGAGACGCUCAACAACGUCCUGGCUGCCAACUGGUACUUUGAUGAGGAGACCUUCGAGAGCGUCUCUGACGAGGCCAAGGACUUCGUCUCAAACCUCAUCAUCAAGGAGAAGAGCGCCCGGAUGAGCGCCGGGCAGUGCCUGCAGCACCCCUGGCUCAACAACCUGGCAGAAAAGGCCAAACGCUGCAACCGCCGGCUCAAGUCCCAGGUGCUGCUCAAGAAAUACGUCAUGAGGCGGCGCGGGAAGAAAAACUUCAUCGGGGUGUGUGCUGCCAACCGCUUCAAGAAGAUCACCAGCUCGGGGUCGCUGACGGCGCUGGGUGUCUGAGUGGGG